GCAUGCGUGUGAACCUAAACCAUCACAACGCCUCUCAACGCCUCAGAGCUGUAAGGGUGUUAUGACACUUUUGGGGUUGUGUGGGUUUUUGGGAUCCUUCAGGGGUGCAGUGAUGGUUGAGCUCAGCUGCCCCAGUGCAUUGUGGGGGAGAGAGGGUGUGAAGGUACUCACGCUCUAUUCGCUCCUAGCAGUCGUACACACAUCCCAUGCCCAGCCUCCCCUCCCUCUCUCCCUCCCGGCCAAAAUCGUUGUCCCCCCUCCCUGGCACUCUCUGCCCCUGUUGCAGGCUGAUCUGGGCUCACUGUUCUCCAACUCCAGCCCCUUCGCCUUCUCCCAGUCCCUGCUCAUGGUGCCUCCGGCUGGGGAAGCCUCCAAAGCGGGGGUCCGGGCUUCAUUCGGGCCUUACUCUGUCAGCCAGCUGGUCUCUGGGCCCAUCCUCCCCCUCUCCCCUCCUCUGUCUGCGUCUCUCCUCUCUAAACACGUGGAGAGAGAGAGGGAUGAAGGAGGAAAGGAGAGGUACAGGGUGCGGGUGUUGUUCCAUGUACGAGGGGACACCAGCAGAGGGAGCUGUAUCACCCUCCACGCCUUCAAAGAGACCGAGGAGCAGAGGGCUUCGUGUAUCACACAGCCUCCAUUGGGUCUGUGUGUGGUGACACUGGCCCUACCUAAGGACUGGUUUGAGGCGGACCAGACCAGUCAGCCCUAUCUCGGCCCCAACCAGCGUGCCAGACACACACACCGACACCGCAAUCGGGGACGACGGCACGAGGGUGUUGUCGUCGGUGGAGCUGGUGGCAUCCCCUUCCCAGGCGCCCUCAGAUAUAGCCCCACCCACACUGGAGACCGCAUCCAGUUGUACUACUCAUUGUUCGGCACAGCGUCCAACAUCAAACUAGCACCCCCUAGGUGUGUGGAAGACAAAUUACCACAGUCUCAGAGACAGUUGAUGUAUAUAGGAGCUGUGACUCUGAGGGAGUACAAUAAGGGGAAAGAGGCCAACAGGACCAAAGAGGAAAUAGACUGUUGCAAUGGACAGGAAGAGGAGGAGCUACGGUUGGAUUCCAAUGUGCUGAUUCGCUAUCGCAGGGGACCGGUCCGCACGGGACAGCCAAUAGGGAUUUCUGUGAACCUGAGGACCAAUUUCAGUGCAGAGUUUGUUGUUAUCCGACUGAAGGUGAAGAAAGGCCUUUUGUCUCUGGUUGCCCAGCGCUCUCUGAACUCUGACCUCUGGGUUGUGAACCUGGAGAAAACGCAGGGCUCCAAACAUGACGUCAUCUCCAUCAUCUGCCACAAACUGGCGGGACACAUGGACAGCGACAGUCCCGCUGCUCUGCAGCAGGUUGCCUGUCUGUCAGUAGACGGCUUGCGAAGGAGUUUCGGGGUUGCCAUGACUGUGUCGGCCAGCUGGUGGGUGGAGUACUCAGGCCGUAAUAACCCUCCGACACCACGCGGCGGAGUAGUGAGCAGCUUCUCCUUCACUGACAGAGAGAUAGUGGGCAUCUCUCCCAUAACUGAGAUUGGCAUGAUCAUCAACACGGCCAUCUUGACCAGCGAGCCCGUGUCACUUCCUGUCAUUGUGCUGGCAGUGGGGCAUGAUGGGAAGGUGUCUGAUAUCACCGCGGCGGUGAAGUGUCAGUCGUCCAACGAUGAUAUCAUCAAGGUGUCAAGCGAUUGCUCAACCCUCUUCGUCGACGGAAGUGAAUCAGGGGUGGGCAGCACCUGCGUAGGGGUGGAGUUUCUCCUGGGCACGCUCAGUGGUUCCCUAUGUCUGUCGGUGUGGGCUCCUGUCGUCCCGCUGCGCGUCUCACUGUCCGAUAACGAGCUGAGCGCCAUCGAUGGCUGGAACCACGACACGGAGAACGGCUGUUCUCCAGUGUAUCAGAGGUCCACGGUUCAGGUUCUGACCCAGUUCAGUGCUCAGGGGGGCCAGGGGCAGCUGACCUACCUGCUGGGCUCCUCUGAUUGGUUUGUGGAUGCCACAGAGUUGGUCCGUAAUUGGCUGAGGGUAGAGAAUCCACGCGUGGCGGUCCUCGACAAGCAGAGCAAUCUGAUUGGUCUACACCCGGGGAAAACUUCUGUUCGUGUCAUAUCAAGCCAAUGGGACGGUGUGCUGGGUAGCUGUGAUGUCACUGUGACCUCUGAACCCGUGAACCCUGGUGACCUCUCAGUGCAGGUUGUGGGAGGACUCGGUAUGUCAAUCAAAGCAAGCCCUGCCCACCCUGCUGUUGUCACAGCAACAGUGACCGCAUACAACAUUCUCUACAACCAUGGGCAGGAAGCGUCCAUCAGUGUCUGGCUCCAGUUCAGUGAUGAUAGUGCCACUUUGCUCUCCGCCUUCAGCCGUGGUACCUUCGCCCUGCGCCUCUCCUCAUUGGCAGAGACCGUGGUCGCCGUGACGCCCGGCCCGUCUUUGCGCGUCGUAGCCCAGGGCGAAGGGGGCGGGCCUUUACUGAAAGCAGAACUCCUGGUCACCACCUGCAAGCCAAUGGCGAACUCCGUCGACGGGGCCCUGGCCAAUCCGAAGGAAGGAAGCGGGACCAGGAGGCUGGCUAAAGGAUCUGGUUGGAUCAGGGUGAACCUGGACUCUGACCUUCGUCCAAUGGGGAGCGAGGAGGCGAACUUGGAGCUGCUCAACAUUUCGGACAUGUUGAUGGAGUCAUCUGACAGGGAUGUUCAGUACAGCAACUUCCCAGACAAUGACAUCAUCAUAGGGAACGUCACUGCCGUCAGCGGCGACGACUACUAUGACAAGGCCGGCGAUGGGAUGAUCGCCAGGAACGACCUGGAGAGAGCGGUGUUGACCCCGAAUCACGAAGAGAGCGCGGUGUACUUCUCUCCCGGGGUGGAGCGAGAGAGGGAGGAGAAACUGGAGGAUAAAGAGAUGGAGGUGGGUUUCGGGGCAGUUCUCUCCCUCCUCUGCCUCGCCGCACUCCUCUUCCUGGUGAAUUGUCUGCCCUGCGCUUUGAGGGAGAGGAGGAAGAGGAAGGACAUGAACGUGGAGGGAGUGGUGGAGGAAGAGUGGGAGGAAGGAGAAGAGGAGGCGAAGGAGGAGGAGGAGGCAAAGGAGGUUGCAGAAAAGAACAAAAAAUAACAUCAUACCCCAGGGUAAUAUCACUUCAUGAGACUACUACAGAAGAGAAGGAGAAAAUAACAUCAUACCCCAGGGUAAUAUCACUUCAU